AUGGAAGAGGAGAUAAAGUCGACAGAAGAGAUAGUCAUAGAGGAUAGUGUAGGUAGAAUAGAAGGAGAAAAAGGGGUAGGAGAGGGGGAUGGAAAAAGGGAAGAGGAAGAGGGAGGGAAGGUAGGUGAGAAGAAAAAGGCGGGAAGACCGUGCAGCGCGGAGAGAUUUAAGAGGGAAAGAUCGAAUAGCCUACCAAUAAUAGAAUUGCUAAAAAAGGCGGAAAAGAGGAAGGAAAGACAGGAGGGGGAUGCAACCGAGGAGAGGGAAAUUUUCAAAAAGAGCACCAGGCUGGUGAGAUCUCCGACAAAGAAAAAUGAAAUAGAGUUAGGAGGUCAAGGAGGAUGGGAAGAAAUGCUAAGGGAGAUUAGAGCAGGCUUUGAGGGAGUGGUAAGGGAAAUAAAGGAACUAAAAGAGGACAAAGAAGAGAUGAGAAGGUGGAUGGAGGAAAUGAAAAGAGGGUGGGAAAAAGAGAAAAGAGGGUUAGAAAAAAGACUGAGAGCCGCGGAGGAAAAAAUAGAGGAACUACAAAGAAAGGAAAAAGAGGGAGAGAAGGGAGAGCGGAAUGGAGCGGGAGAGACAGAAGUAGGAGGAAAAUGGGAGGGGUUACCAGAAAGGAUGAAGAAAUUAGAAUUAGAGGGUGAAAAGAGAAGAAGGGAAGAGAGGAAAAGAAAUAUAGUAAUUAGAGGAGUGAAGAUAAAGAAAGAAGGUAGAGAGGGACUAAGAGAGGAGGCGGAGGAGAUAGUGAGGAAAACAGGGGCGGUAGCAAGAAUAGAGGAGGUUAGAAGAAUAGGGAAAAGAAAUGAAGCAGGGAGAGAAAUGUUGUGGGUAAAGUUGGCAAGUGUCGAGGAGAAGAAAGAAGUGAUGAAGGGAAAGGGAAAGCUGAGGGAAAGAAAUGAAUGGAUACAAGAUGACCUCACGGAAAAGGAGAGGAGAAUUGAAUGGCUAAUCAGAAGGGAGGCGGAUAUAAGGAAGAGAGAGGGUUUGAGAGUGAGGGUAGGGUACAUGAAGAUAUGGGUAGAAGUAGAAGAAAUAGGUGGAGGUCAGAUAGGGGGUGAUCGGGGAGACAGGAGGAAUAGGAAGCAAAAGGUAAAGAAGAGUACAAGGGGGAAAAAGGGAGAAUACAAGAUCGGAUUCUGGAAUGUGGCCGGAUUAGAAAACAAGGAUGAGGAAUUUUGGAAGAAAUUGGGGGAAUGGGAUAUAAUGUUUCUAAGUGAAACGUGGAUACAAGAGAAGGGUUGGGAGAGAGUAAGGAAAAGGCUCCCGAGAGAUUUCAAGUGGGAAAUGCAGGAAGCGG